UGGGAAGAACAAUGUUCGCUAACCCUUCAAUACUGAACUGAAGAAGUUGUGGACUGUUGACUUUCAUCGAUGUUCUCUUCUUCGUUGAGUCACUGCAAACUAUAAAGUUGCCAAAAAUACACAAAAAGACGUAUUUUGUGUGUGCACUCGGAACUGGACUAUAUUAAACAAGUUAUGUUGACGUUUGAAAUCGACAAUUCUGUCUCGUUGUGAUUUGUGGACGUUAUUUUUUUGGAAUUCUUUCUGGGACUUUCCUCACACCGGAGAACUGAGGCUGAGUGAAGAGGUGCAAUUUGGUUUAGGGCUCAUCAUCACGAUUACUUGGCACGAGGCGUGGUGUACUAGGAGAUGGAGCUCACAGAACACACCCGCUGGAUGGUCGUCAACAAUCAACACGGAGACACACAUAGCGGCGCACAUCCUCACGGACCCCACCCAACCGGCAUGACCCCCUCGGCUACCUCGGAGAGGAUGCCCCAUGCCCCCCACCACAGUCUCAACUUCAUGGAGCCACCGCAGCUCGUACCGCCAGACGACGUGGACGUGUUCUUCCACGCGUUGGACGGGGGCUCCAACGCCGUCAACCCACCAAGCUACUACGCUAACUCUGCCGCUUCUCGAGCGGCCGCCAUGCACAGCUACAGACCGUCACACGCUCGUGUGACUGGAAGCCAAGUCUGCAGGCCCCAUUUCCACACCCCGACCAUCCAGUGGUUCGAGAGCAGCAAGACUCUCCGGCCCGUGCACCAGUCCAGCAACCACUCAGCCUGGUGUACCAGCCCCUUCGGCGGGGCUUCUGCAGCGGUGUCAUCCCACGGUGGGCCGCCGGCUCUCGGCUCCUCAGCCCCCGGAGGUAGUGGUGGUGGUGGUGGUAGCGGGAUCAACUCGCAGUCCAGCCCCCACCUGUUCAACUUCCCACCGACUCCGCCCAAAGACAGCACUCCGGACCACCUGACUACAGCUGGGCUGGGAAUCCACCCGUCAUCAUCAGGCGAGUAUUCACAUAUGGAGGAUAAGGCCAUGCAUCGAGAUCACCAUCUCACCUCUCCUAUCUCCACUGCAUCUUCGUCCGGUGCCAUGUCUAUGGCUGCCAGCUCGACUGCUACGGACACACCGUACAGCACCCAGCACCAUAUGCCGGCUUAUACCACGUACGUCCCGGCACCUGACCUGACCAACUCGCUUGGGUUCCACACUGGGGCUGUCAUGGGGAACAGAAGCUUUAGUGGUUCAGCUCCCAGGCCACGGACCAAGAGCAGAUCCAGUUCUGAGGGGCGAGAGUGCGUCAACUGUGGAGCCACCUCUACCCCCCUGUGGCGCCGGGACGGCAACGGGCACUACCUGUGUAACGCGUGCGGUCUCUACCACAAAAUGAACGGCCAGAAUAGACCGCUCAUCAAGCCCAAGAGAAGACUGUCGGCGGCCAGACGAGCUGGGACGUCUUGCGCCAAUUGCCAGGCCACAACCACCACCCUAUGGCGGAGGAACCCUAACGGGGACCCUGUCUGUAAUGCCUGUGGGCUCUACUACAAGCUUCACGGGGUCAACCGGCCACUGACGAUGAAGAAAGACGGCAUCCAGACUCGGAACCGCAAGCUCUCCACCAAGUCCAAGAAGAACAAGGGCAAACUGAUCAUGGAGUCCAUGAAGCCCAUGGACGACGGCUACCCCAAGUUCCCCAUGUUCGCCGAGCAGCACCAGAACCUGGCCCACUCCCACGCCCACUACCACGGGGGCAUGUCGGACUACACCAUGGCCGGGCCCACCACCACGUCCCUGCACCACCCGCAUCACCACUCGCACGUGGCGCCUCACUCCAUGGCGUACAGUCCGUCCUCGUUGUGCAAUUCUCUGUACCAGACGGGGCCGACUCACGUUCCGGUGCCCUGUAGUCUGCCCAUGUCAUCCUCUACUGGAUCUAUGGUCGGAGCUAUGGCGUGAGCCGUGGGGAUAUGACCGUGAAGCUAUGGACCAUUGAUGAAGAAAUAGCCUCGACGGAUAGAUAUUUGCUAUCAACCCAUGAGGCGCAAAGAUAAAAAAAA